AACCAACAUCAAACAUUUACAAAAAAAAAAAAACAGGAUGCACAGUUGCGAAUUGGGAUCGUUGCCCACGUUUUCUCUUGUGAAUGACGUUAACUAGAGAAGCUCAAUGUUUGUACCUACACGGCUUCCAUAGCACGUUGCACUUGAGGGGUGGGGCUUCAUGACGCGCUAAACCAAACAGCCAGUCAGCUAUCGAGCUAGAUAGCCGCUGUUGAGUCCAGCAACACACACAGGCGAGCUAGGCGUCUUACCUUGGAGCUGGCAUAGCACUACGCGGCAACUUCCACGCGAGGGCCGACGAAGAGUCUCGAGCAGGUAUGUUUGGAGCUGUGGUGUUGGGCAUUGGUACAGCAGGUUGGGUGAGGAUCAGAGACAUAUUAGCUCCUCUGGAGGGCAGUUCUGCUGAGAAACUCGAUGUCAAAGGUUUCGUUUCCAGGAGAAGUCUAGAGAGUCAACAAGGAGUGAGUCAGAUUUCAGUCGAAGAGGCCCUGAGCAGAGAAGACAUUAAUGUGGCGUUCAUCUGCACUGAGAAUGCAUCGCAUGAGGACGGUGUAAGAAACUUUUUGCAGGCAGGUAAACAUGUCUGUGUGGAGUAUCCCAUGGCGCUAAACUACAAAACUGCUGUGGAGCUCUGGAAUUUGGCGCAGGAGAAAGGAGUGAUUCUUCAUGAGGAGCACAUCGAACUUUUUUCAGAAGAUUACAAACAGCUGAAGAGAGAGGUCGAAGGGAAAAGCUUGCAGGAAGGAAUGCUUCAUUUUACAGGUGGCGUUCUGAAGCCUGGGUUCGGCUUCUUGGCAUUUAGUGGCAUCGCUCGCCUCACCUGGUUGGUUGAGUUGUUUGGGGAGCUCUCCGUCACCACGGCAAAAAUGGAACAGGAUUUGGGCAGCAACUACAGCAAGAUGACUGCAAAGAUGCUAACUGCUGACAAAAAAUCUUUGACAUGGAUUGAGGAACGAGGACCAGGCCUCCCGAGAGCCAAGAAAAUCAACUUUCAAUUUGAGUCCGGACCACUAACUCAAAUCCCUCCAUCACCCAGAGGGCCAGUGGGUCUCUUCAUGCAAGAUCUGAUACAAUUCUCCUCCAAGCUGAUGGGCCGAGUGAGCCCAGAGGAGCUCCACAAGGAGAAAAACAGGAUCCUCCACUGCUCCGAACUGGCAGAGAGAAUACAGCAAUUUUGCCAGAGUUAAACGGGUUUCUCCAGUUUACAGUAGUCAACUUUCCAAACUAAUAUUGUGUAUUGAGGUAACAGAAAGGAAGGAUGCCAGCUGAUUGGGCUAUUUAUACAGUAUAUCAUUUGUAACGGAUAAGUGCAUACAAAACAUGACUACAAUGAUGAUGUUGAAAUGUAAAACAAAUAAAAACAAGAUACUUGUUAAAAAAAAGAUUUCUUUGCAAAUAUUCACUCAAUUUGAACUUGAUGCCUGCAAACUUGGACAUGGGCAUGUUUGCCUCCAAGUUCCGGCACCUUUCCAUUUAAGGACACGACUACCGCACGCAAGCGUGAGCGUAUCCCAGCUGUCGUCGGUUGACAGGUCGGGUACACCCUGGACUGGUCGCCAAGUUUGCAUCGUUUCCCAACUUAAUGCUAAAGAUCGAACAAGUGUAAAUAUUAAAGAUGAGUAAACAUCA